AUGCUGAUUUGCCAGAAGAGCUCCACGGCCGCCAGCAACCGCGGCAAGAAACGGCGAGUUGCCCCAUUCGAUGAUCUGGACCUCCUCGACCAUGAACGAAAACGGAGUUGCAGAUCCCCCAGGCUAUCUACCCCGAACAGCCCCGCAGAAGAAGAAGAAGCAGAAGAGGUGGAGGAGGAGGAGGAAGAUGCCGUCACUGAGGCUGGACCAUCAAGCCUUCCAUUCAACCCGGUUGAAUUCUGGACAAAGCAGGGGACUUGGCCGCCACCACAUUAUUCUGUACCCAACUUCGAACGCAUCCUUGCCCGGAGGUACUCGCAUUCGUCCUUUGUCCGCAAGGCAUUGGACUCGAACUCUUCCACGUCGUCUAGCGAUGGGAAGCUGCCGAACCACAACGCAGCACCCUAUCGUGAUCCGCUUCAUCCCACGUUUUUCAAGCCCGCAAACACUGUCAUGGAAGAAGCAGCACCAAAGCCCGAGAUCACGGAUGAGAGCGAGUCCCAAGUCCGUGACCUCCUCACCCAUGAACAAGUAUUCCCCACCGGCACAAUAUUCGACGAUGGGAUUUUCGCCGCUGCUUGUCGUCAACUGGAGAAUAAGAGCCAUGCACGGAUCGUCCAGGACAUCUCUCGUCUGAUUGUUCCCUCGGCGGAGACACUCGCCCUCCGAGACAGCAACCUCCGGAACCUAGUCGAGAGCGUUAAGGAACGCUGGGACAAUUCCAUCCCGGCGACACACAUCAUCCCUCAGCCUGACUACUCGGUCGGCUUCAGACGGGAUGCAUUCUCCGAGCAGCAGCUUAUCAAGCUGUCCCCAUUCCUCGGCAACUUCCUCGGCGGGGACCAGUCCUACUUCAUGAGCACCUCCUACAUGUACUUCCCAUUCCUCACGUGCCAGGCCAGCUGCGGACCUGAUGCACUUGAUACUGCGGAGUAUCACAAUACCCACAGCACGGCCAUUGCGGUGCGGGCUGUCGCUGAGCUCUUCCUGGCGGUCGGCCGCGAGAGAGAGGUCGAACGGAAGAUCGUUGCCUUCUCCGUCUCCCAUGAUCAUUGCUGCGUCAAGAUUUGGGGCUACUUCCCGGUCUUCGAGAACGGGACUAUCAAACAGUUUCGCCACCCAAUACAUCAAUUUGACAUUACAGCAAUGGACGGCUGUGAGAGGUGGACAGCAUAUCAAUUUGCAAAGAACGUCUAUGAGAGGUGGGCUCCAGGCCACUUUGAAACCAUCUGCUCGGCUGUCGACCAGCUCCCACAGGAAUUGGAUGUCGAGAUCUUCACCCUCCGGAGCACAGGCCUUUCCCAGACUUUCGAUCGCCAGAACUUGUCACAGUUCUCGAACGAGUCGGUCCGGGCUGAGCUAUGCGCCAGCCAGUCAAGUAUUCCCCAGGAGCCGAGCAAUACUCCACUCACGGCCUAUACAGUCCUUUAG